AUGUCGUUCGGCAGUGGCAGUGGUUUCAACUUUGGCUCCAACAGCAACACCCAGAAUACCGGAUUCGGAGGAUUUGGGAGCACCACCAAUACCAACACAGGUUUCGGUUCAACAACGAACACAGGUUUCGGUUCGAGCACAGCUGCUGCGUCUCCCUUUGGUGGUAGCACUUUUGGGUCCAACACUGGAGGUUUCGGUGCUGCCGCCAACACUUCUGGCUCCCUUUUUGGCAGCAAGCCUGCGUCGAAUCCCUUCGGCUCGAGUACUACAAACACAGGAGGUGGACUGUUCGGUGGUUCCACCAACGCGAAUACAGGUUUUGGAAGCUCAACUGGUGGUUUCGGCAGCACUAACAAUGCUUUUGGAGGCACCAAUACAGGAGGUUCGUCGUUCAGCUUCGGCAGUGCGAACAAGCCUGCGUUCGGUUCCAGCACCAGCACCACUCCCCUCUUCGGUCAAGGAGGUUCAGGAACAACAGGUACCUUCGGAGCCUCGACCGCGUUUGGCGCCACUGGCUCCGGCACCGCCCUAAGCAGUCAACCCGUUCCCCCUCCAGACGGCACAGCUUCCACGCCGUUCGCUCCCACCGUGGAAAAGGAUGCAGCUGGUGUUACGAGCAAUUACCAGAGCAUAACCUUUAUGCAGCCCUAUCAGAAGUAUUCUUUCGAAGAACUGCGCCUGGCCGACUACAAUGCUGGUCGUCGCUUUGGAAACGCUACCGGGCAAGCUGGUGGCUUCGGUUCCAGCACUUUUGGCGGCUUCGGUGCGACUAACACUCCUGCCUUUGGUAAUAACACUACCAGCACCACCCCUUUUGGGGCCGCAACGACAUCUUCAACUGGUUUCGGUUCCACUUCGUCCACUGCCGGGUUCGGCGGCGGCGGUCUGUUCGGGAACAAACCUGCCACAGGAGGUUUGUUUGGCCAGCAAUCCUCUGGUACCACUUCCGGGGGGCUGUUUGGGACGGCCGGCAAUACCACCAGCGCUUUUGGAGGCGGUAGCACUGGGUUUGGAUCGACCGGAACCACCGGCGGUGGUCUGUUCGGCAAUAACAAUGCCACACAGAAUAAACCAAGCCCGUUCGGAGGCAGCACCGGCACCCCUUCAUUCUCCUUUGGUAAUACCAACACGGCCAACACGGGCGCAGCCACGGGCACGGGAACAGGUACGGGCUUGUUCGGUGGCGGCGCCACAAAUACCACUACCAAUGCCUUUGGCGGGACCAACCAACAAUCUGGCGGCCUUUUUGGAAACCAGCAGCAAAAACCGCUUUUCGGCGGGAACACCACAGGAGGUUUCGGUACACCCGCAACGCAGGGUCAACAAUCAGGUGGAUUAUUUGGCGGCACUACCAACACUGCGACCCAGCCUACAGGUGGUGGCCUCUUCGGAAGCGCCAACACGUCUGCCAACACGAACACUGGUGGUGGAUUGUUCUCUUCCAACAACGCCACAGGCGGAGGGUCCCUUUUCGGAAACAAUAACAAUAACAAUGCCCAGAAACCUGGUGGUUUGUUCGGAGGAAGCACCUUUGGGAACACCAAUACUGGAAACACCGGUGGCGGGCUUUUCGGAAGUACUGGCACGAACAACCAACAGACUGGUGGACUAUUCGGCAACACCAACACUGGCGGGGGCUUCUCAUUCGGAAAUACCCCGAACAAGCCCGCCACAACAUCCCUCUUCGCGAAUACGAACAACAACCAACAAGGAGGUCUGUCUGGGUCAACUGGGAACUUUGGUGGUGGUCUCUUUGGCACAUCUCAAACAGCUCAACCAGGCAAUCAACAGCAACAGGAUAUCAAGCAUGCAUCUCUGAAUGACCCCAAUCCUUAUGGUCAGACCUCCAUCUGGACCGGCUUGCCCGUCCCCACUCCGGAUACGGCCAAACCGAUCUUCACACCAUUGGCGGCCACCCAGAAGAUGAAGGAGAGCCAGGCAAAACCUCCACCCAGCCUGCGACUUAAUCAAUCCCGCUACAUGACGCCUCCCCGCCGUUCCGGCUUUGGCUUCUCCUACUCCACGUAUGGCACCCCUAACAGCGCUGCUAGUACGCCGGGUGGAAACAGCUUGACAAGUAGCAUGUACGGUAGCCGAAGUUUCAACGGUGGCAGUUUUGGAAGUUUGGGCAGCUUUGGUCGUUCCUUUGGCAAGAGUGCCUCGGCCAGCAACCUGAGGUCCCAGUUCAAUGGUGACAAUGAGAGCGUUCUGAGCCCCCAUGCCUUCACAGCCACCACCACGCGGUGGUCUAACAGCAACAUGCGUCGCCUCACGAUCGACCGCAACAUCAGAAAUGACCUCUUUAGCCGGCCCUCUCUGCCUGCUCUACCGUCAAGCUCUUCCGAUCGGCCGGCUUCCAAUGGUAGCAACGAACUGGUGACCACCAAUGGAGAACCAUCGAGCGAGCCCUCGAGCAAGCUCAAAAAGCGCGUGAGCUUCGACAAAGGAAUCACAGGCGGUCAGAGUGGCAACCUGAACGGUGAGACCGGGGCGCUAGUGAGGACCGAGACAGAUGACGGAGAUUCAGACUCUGGCACGCGUCGCGGGACACCAAAUGGAAGCGUCACUCCGGAAGCAGAUGCGGGUGCGCGAGGCAACGAGCUUGCAGUCGUUCCUGAGGAUCGUGAGUCGGAUAAUGUCGUCUCCAAGACGCCAUCCACCGUACAGGCGAAGCCCGACCCUCAGCCAGGAGACUAUUGGAUGAAACCAUCCCGUGCAGAGCUUUCCAAGCUGCCGCGCGAGAAGCUACAGAACUUUGUUGGAUUUGAGGUCGGCCGCAAGGGCUGCGGUAAGGUUGUCUUCAAUGGCCCCGUCGAUCUGACGGCCAUUCCGUUGGACGACCUGUUUGAAAAGAUUGUUGAGAUCCGUCUCCGAUCGGUCACAGUGUAUCCCGAUGCGAGCACCAAGCCCCCGGUUGGCAAAGGUCUCAACGUGCCCUCCACUAUUUCCAUCGAAAACUCAUGGCCUCGUUCACGCGGCCAGCCUUCUUCCGCCACGAGUGGACCUGUAUUUGAGAAGCACGUCAACCGGCUCAAGAAGAUGCAUGGCACUGAGUUCAUUAACUACGAACCGUCCACAGGCGUCUGGACCUUUAGAGUGCCCCACUAUACCCGCUACGGGUUGGACUAUGACGAGGAUGAUGAGGAACUCGGUCAAAGCCAGCUGUCUCUCCCACCCAACUCGGCCAAUUCGGCGAUGGAGGUUGACAGUGAUGACCAAGGCGGGUCUGAAGACGACACGUUUGCCUUCAAGCAAAAGACUGUACCAGGUGGUUUUGGACGGCGUUCGGCCAUUGAUUACGACGACAAUGUUCCCUCCGCCCAGAUGAUCGACGACGUGGAAGAAGAAGCCCGAUCUGUCGAACACUCCGAGGAAGAGACUUCCGACAAUGAAGUCAGUAUGGCUGGGUCGUUCCCACCACCUGGAGGAGCGCCAGCUUUCGGUUUCCAAAGCCCAAACAAGUCUAUCCUCAAGCCUGGCCGUCUGGGCACCCCCAGCAAGCCGCUCAUUUCCCUCGAGGGUGACUGGGCGGAACAGUUGCAACGGACUAUUAGCCCACGUAAGCAGAACCGGGAUGCGUUGCGAGAAGUACAGAACAGAGUCUUGCUCGACCACACAUAUGAGCCGAUCAAACCUACUACCUCCAACAAGAAUGAAUUCCGCACCAGCAUCGAUAUCAUGAAUUCGUUGUUCAGCAAACAUGAGGAGAGAAUGGCGAAAGGAAGAAAGGCACAGGCAGGGCCGGACCUUGAGUUCCCUUAUGCAAAGCGCACCAAGACAUUCGACGAUGACGAGCUGCCGGAGACUGAUAAACGUUGGCAUUCAUCAUUCAAGCCUCGUUUCACACAAACCAACGAACUUAUCUACCGAUCGAAUGGCCGCGACGCAGCCGAUGCCGGCUGGACUAGGACUUUGCUGUUGGAAGGCCCGAACGGGGAUGUGGCUCUCACUUCACUGGAUGGAAAGGGUACACUCGACCGCGAAUCCCUGCUUGUCGAUACGCAGAUCACUAUCAAGGACCAGGCUCCCUUUGCCACGCAUACUGCGGUUCCGUUUUCGCGAAUCAAAGACCAGUUGGUGAGACAGCGCGGCUCCGAGGCAGAGCUUGACAUUUACGAGGUGGCUCAUGUCUUGUUCGACGACUACGAAGACGAGUUUACUGCCGGGCUUGGUCGUCAACAGCAGCAAGAAUUCAUGGGUCGCAUUCGCAAAGCUCGUUUGUCCAAGUAUCUGUCAUCGCUGGUUUGGAGCAGACACGCCGAGCAAAUCAAGUCCGCGGAGACUCAAGGCGGGGCUACCGCGGCGAUUCUGCAUCUUACGGCGAAGAAUGUGAAAGCGGCAUGCGACGCGUUGUUGCAGGAGAAGGACUUCCACCUCAUGAUGCUUGUAUCUCAAAUUGAGCAAGCCGACGAUACCUUCCAAGACGACAUGGCCAACCAACUCAUGGCUUGGCGUAAGCAGGGGAUUCUCUCUGAAAUGACCGAGGAGAAUCGUGCGCUGUAUGAAGUCCUAUCCGGCAACACCUCCUUUUCGCAGGGCGUCCCCGAUGGACCAGUCGAGAGUCGUGCCACGACCUUUGCGAUUUCGGAAAAGUUCGACCUCGAUUGGAUUCAAGCGUUCUGUCUGUGCUUGUGGUACGGUCGAUGGAAGAACGGCGAUAUUCGGGACGCCGUCAGGGAGUUCCAGAAGAAGUUGGACACGGGCGAAGAAGCAGCCAGCCCCGAGGCCGCCAAUGGGGAUGAAGAUCCGCUUUGGGUUUUACUCAAGCUGUACGCCUGCACAGCGCAGUUCAACAACGCCAGGACUCGAACUGGCAUCGAAGUACCCGUGUUCCCCGAAGCCUUCUCCUCGCUGUCCGGACCAUGGGAUUGCUACAAGACGUUCCGUCUGCACCAUGCUCUAGCGGCCGCCAUCCCUGAUAUUGUCACAAUCGACCAGGCCAAAGCGGACGAGCUGACAACCUCGCUGGCCUUUGAGCGAUCCGCACGCGGUGACGUCCUUGGAGCUGUUUGGGCGCUGUUGCAUAUUACGGACUCGACGACGCGUCACUCGUUCAUCAUUGACUUGCUCGCUCGUCACGCGGCCGUCCUGCCAGACCCGCCAUCAUCCAGCGAUGCUACUGAGCAGCAGCAAUCCCCUAACUCUCUCUGGAGGGGCCUUGUCUCGUCGCUGAAAGUCCCCGGCUCCUGGAUCUGCCGUGCCAAAGCUCUCUACGCCCGCUCGUCCAACAUGUCACUGGAAGAACUCAAUCUCUUGAUUGCAGCCGAAGACUUCGCCGAAGCCCAUGAAUGUCUGCUUCGCCGAGUCGCUCCUCGCCUUGUCAUCGAUGAGGACUGGGAAACAUUGCGCAACGUCCUGGCCAAGUUUGGCGAAGAUCCCGAGGCCAAAAUUGAUAGCGCGGAAUGGCAGGCCGGCGGUGCAGUCUACGCAGACUUUGUGUCGCUGAUGGGUGUUAUGGGAUCUGGUAGCACUGGCAACACUGUCAACCGCAAGAAUCUCCUGCAACGUUUGCCAACGGCGCUAACGGGAUUAAAAAAUGCAUCCAAUACAAAUGGGUCUUUGUCGGCGGCCCAGAAUCGUGAGAAAUUGGAGGAAAGAGUCGCCCUUUGCGAAAUGGCCAGGGUAGUGGCGCGCGCAUUGGAGAUGGAUCUUGAUGAGGACAGAAGAAGCAGUGUCGGUGACAAGAAAUCGAUACUUGAUCUCCCUCUUACCGCCGAUGCACGUCUAAGUCACGCUAUAGCUCUGGGAGUCGACUACUACCGCGGGGUUAUGGCGAUGGCUCGUUGAGAUCCAAUCCUAUCUCACCCUUGACGGCUGGGUAGGUGCCUGUGCAGGGAGGGGCACGGUGUGUCAAGUUUCACGAUGGCCAAGAAACGGUUGGCGGCAAUACCCAAGAAUGGAAAGACCAAAAGGAGCAAGAAAAGGCAACCUGUGCCAGUGGGUGGGAAAUGAGCCGGCCUGCCCUUCCUGUUGUUUGCAGUGUCUUUGGUUGCGACUUGGAGCUGAAAAACAUUUCAUUUCCAAGCCCAGGAGUUCAUUUGACGCCGCUGCAGCAUUGGAGAAGGGAAGUGGGUGCGGCACGCUCGUUCGCUCGCUCGCUGUGAUGACAAGAACACUGCAGGGGCUCGGAUACCGUUGUUGCAGUAGGUGGAUGCCGUGGUGGAAGAUGGUUGAACCGGAAAUUUGUAUGGCAAUGGCAUAGCACCGCACCGCACUGCAGUGCCAAUGUAAGAAUAGCUAGGUUGGCGCUCGCGUUUGUUUCUUGAACCAGCCUCUUCCUGGCAACUUGAAGGAGAAAGUUGGUGAGUGGAGAGGUGUUUGAGUCGUGAACCACUGGCAGAGCUGAGAGAACCCUUGAAACUUUUGACGAUGCGACGCUGCAAGGGGAACUACCUAGUAGGUAGAUGUCAGAACUCAGAGAUCAAAAAGCUCCAGACAAGUCAUCCCAUCCCAUCCCGGCA